AUGGGUGGAAAGGUGCUCCCCCACAUACUGUCUCCAGGUGUGGGUUAUGGGAAUGACUCGCCAGCUGGAUAUGACUCGGGAAUUCAAAGCGCGCCGAGGGGGGCCAAUCUGAGACCUCAGACCGGCGGAAGGAUCGACUUUCAGAAAAUGGAUCUUCAGGGUCCGACUGAUGCGGUAAUCCUAGAGGGAUACAGGAACGACAUAAUGAAUGGGUUUGAGGGAGAAAAACCUCUGUAUAAUCCUAUGAAUGCCUCUCGACCGCAAAGCUCAAUGCUGCUCAAUAUCAACGACCCCAUCCAAGUCCACCUCCUCGUCGAAACAGCGCUGGGCGACAGUCAGGAGUUCGAGUUGCUCUCCCCCGAAGAAGUCGACGACCUGAAGAAACAAUGCCAGUCCAUUACCCAACGCAUCGAGCAAACGCGACAGAGCCUCGCGAUACAAUCCAAAUACCGCGACGCAGCGGUCUCAAUGGCGAAGCUGUACAAUCCUUCCGAGAGGAGAGAGCGCAACAAUUCGAGGUCGAGCGCCAUGCAUCAUAAGAGCGAUUCUAUCAAACAGGCAGAUCUGGAGCGUUUGCAGAGCGAGAAGAAAUGCGAGGAGCUGGCAGCGGAACUGUGGUCUUUGGAGAAGAGACUGAUGGAGCCGCAGAGCCGAUUGUUAAAGCAUACAGCUGGCAUUCUACAAAUGACGCAUAAGGGCCCUAAGAAUAUGCCAAAAGGGUCAGGGCCACAACAGAGUGGCAUGCCCGGGAGUCCAGAAAGCAUAUACACCUACCACAAUGCGAGGAUCAGCUUGGAGCCAAUCACCGACGAGAUUCUUUUCGACGAGAGGAGCUUUUACAGAGCUGCGGAUCGACUCGAUGCGUAUGGCGGCGAUCUAGAUGGUAGAGAUAGCUAUGGGCCUCCGCCAAGGUCGCAGGCAAGAGAGCAGAUGCAACUGAUAUCGAAGACGGAACAGACUUUGGAGGAUCUUAAUACACGGCUCAGGGAUGUUAUCAUCAAAGCGAACCCUCAACGACAGAAUAGUUAUAGCCUUCCACCGCUUGCGAAGACAACCCCUGAAGGGAGAGCUGCAGAUCCUGGAGAAACACUCCAGAGCCACUUGGACUAUCUGGAAAAGAGCAUACAAGCAAUCGAUGAGGAACAUAGCCAGUCAGCUAAACAUCAGCUGGAGUCGGAAAGAGCCAUGGAAGAAAAAAUCGAGGAACUCAACCACGAAGUUCGGGCUCUCCUCCUUCCAUAUGUCCCUGAUCGCCCCGAGCCACCCCAACCUACCGGAAGCGGAUUGGAGCAGCAACUAUUAUACUUCCAAGACAGCAUUGGGGCGGUCGAAAUGGAACUCGCAAAUGCUGGAAAUAAGAAAGCCGCAACGGAUGACCCUGGACAGAUGGAGACAGUGGUUACGGGUCUUUGGGAUAUCAUCCAGUCUGGCGAGCAGGAUAUGAGGAGGAAGAGAGAAGAGAGAAGAAUGGCGAGAUCUGCGAAUGGGCUUCCGGAGGAUGAGGAGGAUUCUCCUGACGAGGGUGACGAUCCGAAUGAACCCUUCUCGCUUCAAGCAUUCUCUACCAAGGUUCAAUGGCUGUAUUCGCAGGCCACGCGACUGAAGGAGCAGAAGAAGGUUCUGCAACGCCAGAUCAAGCAACAACGGGAAUUGAACAGCAAAUCGGAUGCCACGAAGGAUGCCGAGAUAGUUCAAAGGGUUGAGGAGCUGGAAAGGACAAAAGCCUCACUUAUGAGGGCCGAAACUGAUGCCGAUAACGUGCGCCAGCAGCUCAGUGUCGUGAUGGAGAAGCUCGACCAAGCACAUCAACAAGAACUUCUACGGGAACAAGAGCGGUCUGGCAGCGAUUCGGAAGCCGUGCGCGCGGCCCAAGCCGAGAUCGAGAUGCGAGAGCAAACGAUCGCCAGACUCGAAGAUCAACUUCAAGAGCUCAAGGACGACCACAAUAUUAGCAAUGCUGAAAUCCAAACUCGGAUUUCGGAGAUGGAAUCCAGGAUUGCAGUCUUGACCACAGAAUUGUCUGCUGCGGCUGCAGCUCAAGCGACGGCCGAGAACGUGGUUAAGCAGAAGGAAGAAGAGUUAGCAGCGAAGGAGCGGGAGGUGGACAGUCUGAGUCUUGAUCUUGCACGUCUUCAGACAGAGGUCACGAUCGCACGUGCUGAGCUUGAUGGCGCUUACGGGUCACGGGCUGAGCGGGCUGCGGAGGUUGCUGCCAACCCAGCCAUCCAAAAAGAGAUCGACGACCUAACGAAGAAGAACGCUUCUCUGACGGCCGAAAUAGCACAACUGACAGCCUCCAUUGCAGCCGUAGGCCAAGGAUCACAGGAGUCGGAAGCGCAGCUGCGGACAUUGAAAAAGGAAUUGGAAGAGACGAUUACGGAGUACGAAAUAAUGACGAAAGCAAGUAUCGAGUGGGAGAAGGACAGAGAGAAGCUGGAGGAGACAAUUGAUAAGUUGAGGGAUGAGAAAGAGAGCCUUCAGAGCCAGUUGAGUGAUGAGAAUGUUCGCUGGUUGGGCAUGAAGAACCAGGGUGGUGAAAGCUCCGGACCAGGCAGUACGAGCACGACGGUACUGAAGAACGAAUUCAAGAAGAUGAUGAGAGACACGAGAGCGGAGAACGCAAGGGCUUUGAGGGCGGAACAAGCAGAGAGGCGCAAAGUCGAAGAGGAACUCCGAGCGCUCAAACGACAACAAGGACAUGGAAAAUCAAGUCUGUCGCAAAGCAUCGGUGCCUCCUAG